AUGCUCGUGAGCGUUCCCUAUCAAUCGUUCGACCGCGUCUCUGACCAGCGACCACAACACGCCACAAUAUCGCAUUCGUCACACGUCCGCAUCGUUACCGGCAACGAGAACUUCGACGCAAUGACGCUCGCGACCGCGCCUGUCAAGGUCAACAUGUUCACCGAUAGCUGUGCCACCGGCAACACCACCAGUCAGGACCGCGAACAGCCUUCCUCCAUCGCCAGCACAUCCUCGUCUCCAUCGCACAACCUUGCGCAACCCAUGCCGACGCGACCGAAAACCACAUGCGCGCCGCCGCCCUCGAAUCGCGUCUCUGGACACAGGUCGCAGCUUCUUGAGGUCGCUAUCGCGAGCGUCAAGAAUCUCAGCUUCGAAAAAUGGGUAGCCGUUCGCUUCACCCUUGAUCACUGGGCCACUGUCAACGAGGUCUCAGCAGAAUACUCGGAGAGCAUCAAGGAGGGAUCUGCCGAUCGCUUUGUCUUUUCCAUUAAACUCAACGAGGUGCUCAACUGGCCUCGCGGUGCCGGUCUCAACGAGACCAAGACCAUCUUCCUGUGCUUGCGCUACACCACCGGUGGCCGCGAAAUAUGGGACAACAAUGACGGUGAAAACUACCAGCUCGACUUCCGCAAGCGUCCAGCACAGCCUGUCGAAGUUUCUCGCAUGCCGCCUAUCUCCAACGACGGACGCGCUUCGUCGUCUUCGUCCUCGUCUUCGUUCGGAAACACGGUGCCACGAAGGUAUACGCUCAGCUCCAUGGGCCCAACCGCAACCUCUUCCAUCAUCGAGAUGGGCCGUAGGACUGGUGUCUACGGCCAAAAGGCCACACGAGACCAUGCCAUGGAGAGGCUCAAGCAGGAGCUUGAGCGUCUCCGCUCCGACGACGAGGAGGCCGACAAAGCUCCUGCUUCUGGCAGCUUUGUCUCUGAGAUGGCCAAACGUCGAUCGCCGCCCGUAUCACCUGGUGGAGCCGGCAAGCCUGGCUCGCCCUCCAUCUGGUCGGCUCGGUACGACUUUGGUGCUUCGCUCCGAGAUCCUACCAGCGGCAGUCGAAAGACCGAGGCCGGACGUGCUGCCGCGCUCGAUUACUUUUCCGCUCGUCCGUCGGCCAUUGCUACCAGCCCGAUGCGCUCGUCCUUUGUUGUUAGCGCCGCUACCCCGUCACCUGAUGGAUCGACUCCCAGGGGUGCAGCCGAGCUUGUACCCAAGCUUGGUCGACUUGGCAUGUUGAGUCCUGGCCUCGGCGAGAUUGUUGUGGAGCAUCCUGCCGUUUCCAGCUCCAACACCAGCUCGCCAAGCGGUUCCUUGCUCCAAGUUCCGCAGGUAAAGAGCAUCGGCGCGCUCUCGUCCGAUGCGCCAGCAUCUCCCACCCCGAUGGCGUCCACGCGCUACAACUCGUUCCCGCCGAACCGCAACGUGCAGAGCCACAACAUGUUCGCCAUGUGGGGCGAAGAUGCGCAAAACGGCACUGGCUCUGGCUCUGCGUCUGGAUCUGCCUCUGGCUCUAGAUCAGGCACUCCCCCGUCUCCGAUCGGCUUUUCCAGUCCGAGGCUUGCGAUCAAGAGCGACGGGACAGUGCUCGAAGACUACACACCAGACGGAAGUCAGACGUCUCCGAACUCACUGAUCAACUCGCCCAACCCUUUCUCGCCGGCACUCUCAGCGAGCUCGAUGGACUCGGACUCGACGGCCAUGCUCGAUGCUAAUGGCAAGCCGACGAUGACCAGUAGUUUAGACAACCUGGAAAGUAUCGGCGGCCCUUCUUCUUACCAGUUCCUCCGGGCUGAUCAUCUCGAAGGCAGGACGAGGCCCUCCUCAUUUACUGCUGGAGACGAGCCGGAGCAACAUGGCUAUCCUUCGUCUGCACUCUCGUCCACCACACUUUCGCCCUCUUCCGAGCUGGCGACACCGGACGAGGAAUACAUGCGGCCAUCCAACCUAACCAGCUUCAACGAGCUCGUGGCACGCUUUUGCUGGAACAGUGAUAAUCAGGUACCACAGACCAGUCCUGACACUCCGAACCUCGCCACACACACUCCCACCUCGGCUUCUGGACGCUCGACUCCUAUCGCCCGUGCCGGUGGUGCUUACUGA